UGAAAGUUCGCCGUGUCGCGGCAUCAUGACGUCACCAUGCAUGCUGAUGAUGUAGAAAGAUGGCGUCGCCAGAGCGGUUUUCUCACUCCAGUUCUUUGUUUAUAACGGACCUGGGUCCUAUGCGUUUCUAUGUGCGGCCAGGGCCCCUGAAGCGGCAGCUAGCGCCACUUAUUACUCAUGGCGGCGGGAUAAUGUGUCGUGUGCAGGAGCCAGGGGCUUUUCUCCUCUCAGAGCCCGGGCAGACUCAGGGGAUCCAGUACAUAUCGAGCACCUACAUCACUGACUGUGUGCGCAGCAACCGGAGACUGUCCCCACGAAAAUACCGAAUGCUGAGCCGAGACACUGCGGGGCCUGGCCACAACUGUAACGGAGCACAGGCCCCUGACAAAAUACACAGGGUGGAGGGAAGGUCCCCGGAUAAGGUCAAAGCGCGACAAGGGGUUAACACAGGGGGUGAGGGGGCCACAUUGUGUAAGCAGAGCCCUGAUACAGGGGGUCCCAGAGAGGUAGAGGCCCAGGCAGCCCUGGAAAGUAACCCUACAGGAAACGGGCCCGCUCCCAGUUUGAAUAACGCCAUCACAACGGCCCCAGUAAAAUGUGACCCUGUGACGUCCACUCCUGACCCCUGUGCUGAUGCCAUUGUGUUAUGUAACCCCACGGCUUCUCCACCACUUGAUCCUUGUCUAACCCCCAAGACCCCAGCAUCAUGUGACUCCAGACCUGUCAUUGGAGGUAAAGUGCAGAAUUCAGGAGUUGAACCCAUUGUUAGGCUGACCACAAGUGACGAAGAGAUGGAGAACACUGGAGAACGUAAUGCUGUAGAAGAAGACCAGCAUCAGGCAGUGCUAAGACAGAAUAGUCCGCUCCGCAUUGCACCAGGUCCAGUGGGGAGGCUCCCAUUCAGCAUGCAAGAAGACAUUGCCAUAUUGCUUUAUGUCCGGAAGAACGAGACCGCCAAGAAGUCGGUGACUGGGACCCUCCUGUGGAAGGAGCUGGAGGAGAAGCAGCUACUAAAAAGGACAUGGCAGGCCAUGAAAUCCAGAUAUACCAAGUACAUUGUUCGGCACAAACAUCGGUACAGGCAGCACUUAGGGGCCCAGGUAACCAGCAAAACUGACCCUGCUGAGACUUCAAGAGAACUCACCAACCAACAAAGAGGACUAUCCUCUACAUCCACCACCUUAGGCCUUAUUUCCCAGCACCAUGACCUGCCACUUGCUGAGAAUUCUCUAAAAAGUUCUCUUCCACAUGAAGACACCCCUCAUACGGCAGGUUUGGGGGUCGAAGAAACUAGUGAAGGGGCAUGUACAGAUCUGAACGAUGAUGGUGGCUUUCAUUCUGGUGGAAGCACAGUGAUUCGACGACUGAGAAGUGCUAACAGGAAAAUAGUCAACGAAGUGUCCGUGAAACCUGUGCAGGAAAAUGGUGACUCGUCAUCUGAAGCAGAAGGAAGUGGAAUAUCAAGUAAAGGGCUGCCAAACCCCCAAGAGAAGCAGGAGACUGGGAGUUCAGAAGACCUGCAAAUAUUUGAGAUAGCCAAUAUGGAGUUUGAGGUGGAUGAUGAGGAUUCCAACUGCAAGGUGAAGGUUCCAGGCAUCAGCCUGAAAGACUUUGUAAUGGGUGAGGACUCAAUAAGUGCGGACACCCAGAUGCAGGUGGAUGAUGUGAUCUCAAGCCCAGACCUGUCUGAUAGUGAGGGUCUGCAUGUUAGCCUGACUGACAUGAUGAGCGAGUUUAAGCUGGACAUCUGCCAGGUCACUCAGGCACUUCUCAAGAACAGUGGGGAGGUGGGCAGCACCAGGCACUUUCUUCGUGUUGGCCGGCGGCCUGAUGGUUUCCCCAUCUGGGAACAUGAAGAUGAUGUAGACUUGCAGAGGAAUGACCCAGUGGUGCAGGCCCAGUUGGCCAGGAAAUAUGGUGCGGACAGUGUAGCUAAAAGAGCAGCCUUCCUGGCAAGUUAGAAGUCACUUGCCUUCAUGUAUGAUGCACUGGACCACCUCUCCAAUAAAUCCUUCUUUCUCUGGCUGUUACAAGUUCAGCUGUAUUUACCUCUGGGAAAGCACACUCUGUAUAGAUGCCAUUCCAACUUGUAUAGCAUUGACAUUUCUCUUUCCUUAUACUGUGAUGUGUGACUGUGUAAUUGGUCUCCAUUUUGACCUCUAGGAAAGUAGUGUGACCUCCCUCACUGAGACCUGUACAUAUUGAUUGUCCUCUAGCUUUAUUAAAAAUUGCUAUAAAAAUAAAAUGCAUUUAGGAGACAUGAAUUUCAGCUGCUGAAUAGUGUGUGGAUAGAUUGUCUCUACCUCUCUCUGCUGUGUCUCUACAGUAUUUUACUGCCUGCAGCAUAUCUUGUUUUGUUAUGCUUGUUUUACUCAUAGAUUUUUGUAUGUCAAAAAAAAGUUUCAUUAAAGUUAUU